AUGUCUACCCCAUCGGCAAUGUUCGACAUGACGCAAGGUCGUCGCGACCUGGCCGCCCUGCCCUCCGACUGGCAACAAAACAUCAGAGAAGCUUGGGAAGUCGUCGACCAACAAGGCCUCGGCUCCCUCAACGCGCGCGAGUGGCCCUUUGCCCUCCGCGCCAUCGGCUUCGACCUGGCCCGCACAGAGACCUACGCCCUCCUCCUCGCCCACGGCGUCCCGCCGCACGAUCACGACCCGUCGAGGGGCCCCUGCAGCCCGUCCCGCCUGCGCAUGCCGCAGGAGCACUUCUCCGCCAUCGCGGCGUGGCUGCUGAUGCGCCGCGACCCGCAGGAGGAGGCCGAGGACGCGUGGAAGAUGUUUGAUCCUCGCGGCACGGGGCGGGUCACGCUCGAGAGUUUGAGAGCGGUGUGCGGCGAGGUGAAUUCUACGCUGAGCGAGGCGGAUAUGAGGAGGAUGAUUGACAUGGCGGAUAUCUCGGGUAAAGGAUGGGUUAGUAAGGAGGAGUUUAUUGAGGUUGCCAAGGGCGGGUUUGGACGUGGUUGA